AUAAAACAUAGUAAAUCGUGGUAUAACAAUGUAAUGACUGUAAACAAACAUUGGAGAGUGCUGGAUCUCUAUUUUGAUAUGAUGAGAACAAGAAUACUAUAUGGAGAAACAACAGAAAGAGUGGGGAAACCAAAUUUAAAUCGGAGAUAACCUUAUCUGUUAUAAUAUUGUGUACAAAUGUUACAUUACAGAGUACUUUCCAUAAUAUUACAAGAAGAUUAUUAAAAAGCUGAAUAAAAAUGAAGGAUAUAGGAGGUACAGUAACAAAAACUUUUCGAGAGACAUUUAAACUAGUUCAAAAAGAUACUCUACGAUGGUUUCCUGGACAUAUGGAUAAAGGUUUAAAGCAAAUGGAACAGCGUUUGAAGAAUGUUGAUUGUGUAGUAGAAGUACAUGAUGCUAGAGUACCGAUUUCAGGACGUCAAGCAGAUUUUCGUCGUACUUUAACUGGUUUAAAACCACAUAUUUUUGUAUUAAAUAAGAUUGAUUUAGCUGACUUGAAACAUAAGCAGCAAAUAGAAUCUACCCUAAAGAAUGAAGGAUUAUCUCAUAUACUUUUUACUAAUUUUAAAAAUCAAGAUUGCAAGGGCAUGAAAAAAAUAUUACCUUUGGCUAAAGAAUUAAUAUCGAAUUCGGAACGAUAUAAUAGAAGUAAUGAAGAAUCUUUUGCAAUGAUGAUUAUCGGUGUACCUAAUGUAGGAAAAUCUUCUUUAAUUAAUCGUUUAAGAAAUACUUAUUUAAAAAAAUCAAAAGCUACAAAAGAAGGGCCUAUAGCAGGAGUGACACGGUCUGUAUUAACUCGUAUAAAAAUAGCUGAAAAUCCAGAUUUUUAUUUGUUGGACACUCCAGGUAUUUUAGCACCUCAUGUGAAAGAUAUAUACACUGGUCUCAAGUUAGCUUUGAUUGGUUGUUUACAAGAUCACUUGGUAGGAUAUAUUGUAGUUGCUGAUUUUCUUCUUUUUUGGUUAAAUAAAUAUGGAAAAUAUGAGUAUGUUGAAAAAUUAGGUUUACCUGAGCCAAAUGAUAAUAUCAUUUCUAUUCUUACUUUUAUUGCUGCAAAGCUAGGAAAAACAAUAAAAUUACGUGAUUGUACUAAUAAAUAUAUUAUUAAACCUGAUAUGCAAGUUGCUGCUACAUAUUUUAUUAAUAUGUUUAGAAAUGGAGAAUUUGGUCCUAUUUGUUUAGACGAGGAUAAAUUAUUUAAUGAGAAUUAAUUUAAUAAAUACUUCACAUAUUUAAAAUUGCAAGUUACACGAUUAGUUGAAUGAAUUAGAAAGUUUUUAUAUUAUUGUAACUUUAAAUUUGACAAAAUCAUUUGGCAAAACAUUUUUUCCAUAAAAAACUGUAUCAUGUUCGUUAAUAUAAAUAAUUAUAAUAAAUAAUAUAUAUUUCUUAACUACUUAAUAUUUUCAUCAUUAUGCACUGUCAUGCACUAAUAGAUAUAUCACAUAUAUAUGUAAUAUAACUAUUUUUUGUAAGAAACCAGUACUAUAUACAUAUGAGGUGGUAAUAAUUUUUAUUUUACAUUAUAAAGAAAUAAUAUAAAAUAAAAUAAUUAUUUAUUGGAGGCAAUUUUUUAAAAUAACAAUUACGAUAUAAAAUAAAUUACGAUUGUAAAUAAUUAAUUUUUAUAAGAACGAUAUAACAUAUUAUUUCUUUAUUACAAAAUGUAUAAUGAAAAAGUCGAAACCGACGUAAUAUAAAACAAUAAUAUAAAAGUAACAAUAUUUUUUUCUUUAUAAUAUAUUUUGGUUAUAA